AACACUAAUUUUAAAAAAAAAUGCCCUCAUCCUUCCAAAUUACCUUAAUAUGCACAAAAAACUACAUCUGAUUUCAUAUUUUACAUUGAAAAUUAAAGAUGCAAAAAGAGAAAUUUAAUUGUCGAUUAGCUGUUCUUACCUUGACAUAUCACUCUACAUCCAGCUCGGAUUUCUAUAAAAUCUUGCGAUUUUCCCUUCUCGAAUUGAUCUGGCCUUAAAUUUUCCGAAAACGCUGCACGUGUACUGUCACUCGCCGGAAAAAUUCGUCGUAAAAUUCUUCAUCUUUACAUUUCUUUCUACUGGUCUUUUUUCUCUAUCUGGUCCGAAAAUGAAAUGGGAUGAGUUCGCAACUGAAGGAGAAAUAAUUUGGGUAAAUUAACACAAAUUAAAACAGAAGCCUUUCAUCAACAUAAAACACAACACAGCAGACAAGAAUAUGGAUAAAAAGGAGAAGGCAAAAGAAAAAAGAGAGAAGAGACGCCAAGAGAUUUCUCUUCUCCGCACCAUUCCUUAUUCAGAUCACCAGAGAUGGUGGACAUCAGAAACAAUUGCUGUGGUGACGGGUGGGAACAGAGGAAUUGGAUUUGAGAUCGCCCACCAACUUGCAAUGCAUGGUUUGACCGUGGUGCUCACUUCACGAGAGACGGCCGUUGGUGAAGAAGCAGUGAAGGUUCUAAAAGAAGGAGGAUUGAAUGUUGUAUUUCAUCAACUCGAUAUUAUAGACCACACGUCUAUCCAGUCAUUUGCUAAUUGGUUAAAGGAAGAAUAUGGUGGUUUAGACAUAUUGAUAAACAACGCAGGAGUAAACUUUAACUUUGGUAAAGAGAAUUCUGUGGAAAAUGCAGAAAUAGUGAUCAAGACAAAUUAUUAUGGAACCAAGAAUAUGAUAAAAACAAUGAUUCCAUUGAUGAGGCCAUCAAGUGCCGGCGGACGUAUUGUUAGUGUGACCUCACGAUUAGGAAGGCUUCAUGGAAAACAAAAUAGGAUUGAAAAUGUUGAAUUGAGAGAAAAGCUGGAGGAUGUGGAGUCACUAACAGAGGAGUUCAUCGAUGAGAUGGUGGAAAAAUUCCUAGAGCAAACAAAGGACGGGAGUUGGGUUUCUGGGGGGUGGCCACAAACCUUUACAGACUACUCCCUAUCGAAGCUUGCUGUUAACGCAUUCACGAGGCUGAUGGGGCGCAACCUUUCAGAACGGGAAGAGGGUCACAAGAUAUACAUUAAUUGUUAUUGUCCCGGUUGGGUGAAGACCGCUAUGACUGGUUGGGCAGGGAGUAUCUCCCCUGAAGAUGCAGCUGAUACGGCUGUCUGGCUUGCACUCCUCCCCGACCUCAGUGUUACGGGCAAGUUCUUCGCUGAGAGGCGAGAGAGAAAUUUUUAAUACCCAAAACUUAUUUAAUUCGAUCAGUUAUUACUCUAUGUUAUUAUUGUCUCUUAGCUCCAAUUUUAAACAACUAACCAAUUCCCUAAGCUUUCCCUGGGUUGGAGUGAAAAUUGUACGUGAUCAUCUUUCUCUCACGAAUCCAACACUCAAUCAUAUAUGCAUGAAGGAAGACCAAUGUAGUUGACCAUAAUAUAAAAGCUCGCUCGGUCGUUAUUACCUUUUGUGAAAUUUGCACUAAAUAAGAGCAAAACAUAAGUCAUUUCUCAAAGUAGGACUUAAACUUUUUUAUUCCCUAAAUAGGACUUAAUAAUGUCUAGUGAGAAGAAUAAUGCUCAAGUGAUGCU